AGUCGAGCCGAGCCGCUGCCCCCGCUGCCCGCCGGCGCCGGGUGGGGGUCCCGGCGGCUGGAUGGGCAGCGGCGGCGCGGGCCGCGGGCGGCGAUGGGCGAGGAGCAGAGCACGGUGAGCGGCGGCAGGCCCCAGGAGGCGGGAGACCCCGCUGGAGGCGCCCCAGGCCACCCCGAGCCCCCGAGGCCGCGGGGUGACAGCGCCGGGGCGCCCGGGCCGCGCGCCGCCUCCGCGGAGCCGAGCGCCAGUGGCUGCGGAAGCGACUCGGGCUGCGCGGACCCGGGCGCCCGAGAGCCCGCGAGGAGCCGGGCAGCCCCGGGCUGGACGAAGAGCGAAGCAGCCGGGCAGCCCGCGGGACUGGCACUCACCGGACCCCUCAACCCCCAGACUUUGCAGCAGCAGCUAGAAGAGGAGGAGGAGAAAGCUGGGGACCGAAACGAGGGAGGGGGUGAGCAGCAGGAGGCGCCCCCUGGAGAGGAGCCACAGCCCAGGACCCGCGUCGGGACCCGGGACGCGCUGGUCUUAGACGUGCUGGGUCAGCGGCGCCCGGCCCCCGCCAAAAGACAAGUCUUCUGCUCCGUGUACUGCGUGGAGAACGACCUGCCCCCGGAGCCCGCUGCCGAGCACUGCUCGCCGCCCGCGUCGCCACCUCGGGCUCCGCCGGUGACGGACCCUCCCAGUCCCCGGCUGCCCCUCCCAACGGACCCCCUGUCUCCCGAUGGCGGCAGCAUUGAGCUGGAGUUCUACCUGGCGCCCGAGCCGUUCUCCGUGCCCGGCCUUUUGGGAGCUCCACCCUACUCUGGCCUGGGUGGGGUAGGGGAUCCCUAUGCGCCCCUCAUGGUGCUGAUGUGCCGGGUGUGCCUGGAAGACAAGCCCAUCAAGCCCUUGCCCUGCUGCAAGAAGGCCGUGUGCGAGGAGUGCCUCAAAGUCUACCUGAGUUCCCAGGUACAAGUUGGCCAAGUAGAAAUCAAAUGCCCUAUCACAGAAUGUUUUGAAUUCCUGGAAGAAACAACGGUUAUCUAUAACUUAACUCAUGAAGACUCCAUCAAAUAUAAGUACUUCUUGGAACUCGGUCGUAUUGAUUCCAGCACCAAGCCCUGUCCUCAGUGCAAGCACUUUACAACCUUCAAGAAAAAAGGACAUAUUCCCACCCCUUCCAGAUCAGAAAGCAAAUACAAAAUCCAGUGCCCCACUUGCCAAUUCAUCUGGUGUUUUAAGUGCCACUCUCCUUGGCAUGAAGGUGUUAACUGCAAGGAGUACAAAAAAGGAGACAAAUUGUUGCGUCACUGGGCCAGCGAAAUUGAGCAUGGGCAGAGGAAUGCCCAGAAGUGUCCCAAAUGCAAGAUCCACAUCCAGAGAACUGAAGGAUGUGACCAUAUGACCUGUUCACAAUGUAACACUAAUUUUUGUUAUCGAUGUGGGGAGAGAUACCGCCAGCUCCGUUUCUUUGGAGACCACACAUCAAACCUCAGUAUAUUUGGAUGCAAAUAUCGCUACCUCCCAGAGAGACCUCAUCUAAGGAGAUUAGUGCGAGGGUCGGUCUGUGCUGGAAAAUUAUUCGUUGCACCUCUAAUCCUGGUCUUGGGAUUAGCACUAGGGGCCAUAGCAGUUGUAAUUGGUUUAUUUGUAUUUCCUAUCUAUUGCCUUUGUAAAAAACAGAGAAAACGAUCACGGACAGGUAUGCACUGGUGAAACGCAAAUGAGCUCCUCUAACUAAGCUGGCUCAGGUAGGCGCUGUACAGCAUGGUACGCCCAUCUGAGAGUCACACCUUGAAAAACACGGAGAGGAACCUUCUGCCAUCGCGUCUCCCCGAGGCUCUCUUCAGGCCACAGUGCCUCUCGUGCCGGUGCACUCCCAACAUGGUAUCCUGUCCUUUCCUUAUACAAAUUGCUGCUUUAAAAAAAAAUGGUCACUUUCAUACGCUAUAAACAUCCAUAUCGUAACUCUGACCUUCUUAAUGAGUCUUGGAAGAAAAUAUUUUCAUUCAGAACCAGUUAUCCUCAGAAUUGUCUGAGCAUACCUCUCCUGUGAGUUGCUUGGACCGUCUUUGUACCUGAACCCUCCUCGAGCCCAUCUUGUGGAACUUGGUGUGAAUAACUGAAGUCCCAACUGUACCAACAAGGAAGGCCACUUUUCAGAGGAUAAAGGCUCACUGUAUUCCCCUGUUUUCAUCUGUGGCCCAAACAAUAUAAUUCCUUCAUUUUUCAGAUGCUGUAAUUGUUUAAAAUCUCAGUGCCCAAAAGGGAACUAAUGAAACUAAAUUAAUGAAAAGAAUCAUGAGUUACUAAAGUGUGUAUGUGUAGGGGUGCGAAUGUGUGUGUGUAUCACUAUCUGUAUUAAAACUUGGCCCAGUAACCUUAUACUCGUCAAGUUCCAAGCCUCUACACUCUUUCCACAUUUUCAUAGACAUAUUUAAAGAUGAUGGUUCCUUUGUGGGCAUAAUUUGGUAAUGUACUGAAUUAAAAUCAGUGUAGACAACAGGCUAUUUCAAUGUUGACCCUUUCUAUAUCUUGCUCUAUCUCUUUGUCUCAAACACACACACACACACACACACACACACACACACACACACACACAAAUGUGUGCAAUGUCACCCCAAGGAUCUUGAAACUUUAUAAACUGACAAAACUGAUAGACUGAUUUUAGGAAACUCAAGACCUGUACAUUCAGUCUUCUCAGAUUUCUUAUGUUUUGGCAUACAUGCCUCACUAUGUGAAUAAAUCCUUCAGGAAAAAUGAGUUAAUUUCAAUUGCAAGUUUGCUGUAGAGAGAACUGCUUAAACCUUUAAACAAAUCCCUAUUCUGCUUAAUUUUUAACCAACUUGUAAUUACAGAUAAUACUGCUAUAGGUCAAGGUGUGAUAUUAUUUACUACCCCACUUUCUUACCUCUCCUCUCUCUUUCUGUCUCUUUAAUUUGUCUACAAGUUUUUCAUAAAAACAAGUACUAGUUUUAAAGGAUUUUUCUUAUGUUUACUCUUAUAUGCAUAAUAAUGUGUUGGUAUCUUCUUAUGGAGGGGUAAUUUGAAAACAAAACUUUUGUGUUUGUGGGUUUAUCUAAAAUAUGAACUGCUUUUAGAAGAAAAAAAAAUGAAGGAAAUAGUUUCAGGAAGUUUCACCAAGCUGAGAAGUCUUUAAAAGUAAGAAAAGGGACAAGCAACUAACUUAUAUUAUUCCUUUGUUUCAUCACAAAAAUUCAUCAGCAGAAAGGAAGUAAAGACCUUUAAGAAUCCUGAAGUUUUCACUUGUUUCCAAAUCCUUAAAGUUAGCUAUCUGCAUAGAUGUAGCAUUUAUUUGACAGCAACCUUGUUUGAAUUGAAAUAGAUUAUAUGAUAAACAUGCAUUAACAUGGAUAGUUUCUCUUGUUGGGCUGCAGAAUAGAAGAACAUUUAUCAUUUUUACUUGAGCUAAAAAGUCCAUGAUAGUGAAGUUUACUUGCAUGGAUAACAAGCCAACACACUUUCAUUCUUUCUGAAAAACACUCAGAAUAGCUAUAGCAUAGAUCCUGGACUAGACUAUUUCCAGUUAUAGGAGGCUGUAGUACUUAUGGUCCUGGAAUGGAUAUUUCUAAAGUAUAACAUGAUAGAAGAAAAACGGAUGUUUUCUAGUUUCACAAAAUUAUCUUCCCAUCUAUUCAUCAAUCCAUCCAUCCAUUCAUUCAACAAAUAUUUAUUGAGUGCCUAUUCUACAUGCUCUAGUAUUAAAACUGAGAGAAUGAGAAUUUCUAGCCUAAAUCCAUGCAUUUCUGUCAUAAAUUGCUUAAUUUUUAUAAAUUUGUCUUUCCCAAAUGUAGGUGUUUUUUUGACGAUAUGUGAAUAUGAUGAUUCUAAAUCCAGUGGAUGUUUAUGUAUGAUAUAUAUGAAUGUAUAUAUAAUAUUUCCAUAAAAUAUUAUAUAUGUUAUAUAUAUUAUCCAUAUGUUU